GAUGUCGCCUGACCGGAUGAUAGCGAGAAGUUUUGUUUUGUGAGUUUACGAAUGAUUUAUCCUCAGAUCACAACACGGAUCUUAACGAAUUCGCCGUAAUACGUGCCAUCUGCCAGUUAGCGAGUAACUUGUGAGUUAUUAGUCUUUGACAGACUGAUCUGGAAGUGUUUGAAGGGUGGAAAUUGAACACUUGAGAGUAACCCGAGUGCCGUGCUGCCGCGAGCCCGUUCCUGCGCGCCGAGAGACGGUCAGAAACCAUGGGCAACCGGGGGAUGGAGGAUUUGAUCCCCCUGAUCAAUAAACUCCAAGAUGCUUUCAGUUCCAUUGGCCAAAGUUGUAACUUGGACCUGCCGCAGAUAGCCGUGGUCGGAGGACAGAGCGCCGGAAAAAGCUCCGUGCUGGAAAAUUUCGUCGGCAGGGAUUUCCUUCCCCGAGGCUCAGGCAUCGUCACCCGCAGACCUCUCAUUCUGCAGCUAGUUAACAACAAAGCUGAAUAUGCCGAGUUCUUGCACUGCAAAGGGAGGAAGUUUGUGGACUUUGAUGAAGUCCGGCAGGAAAUUGAAGCAGAAACCGACAGGAUUACAGGAUCCAAUAAGGGCAUCUCUUCCAUUCCCAUCAACCUCAGAGUGUACUCUCCACACGUAUUGAAUCUGACUCUCAUUGAUUUGCCCGGUAUGACCAAGAUUGCGGUGGGCGACCAGCCGCCCGACAUUGAGCACCAGAUUCGAGACAUGCUUAUGCAAUUCAUCACUAGGGAAAGCUGCCUGAUCCUCGCCGUCACCCCCGCCAACACUGACUUGGCAAACUCGGAUGCCCUCAAGGUGGCUAAAGAGGUGGACCCUCAAGGAGUGCGCACCAUUGGUGUGAUUACUAAACUGGAUCUAAUGGAUGAGGGUACAGACGCCCGGGAAAUCCUGGAAAAUAAACUCUUACCGCUGCGUAGAGGUUAUAUUGGUGUUGUAAACAGAAGUCAGAAAGAUAUAGAUGGCAAGAAGGAUAUUCGUGCUGCAAUGGCAGCAGAAAGGAAGUUCUUCCUGUCCCAUCCCAGCUACAGACACAUGGCUGAAAAAAUGGGAACACCAUAUCUGCAGAAGACCCUCAACCAGCAAUUGACCAACCACAUCCGGGACACGCUACCCGGCUUACGCAGCAAACUCCAGUCUCAGCUUCUCUCACUGGAAAAGGAGGUGGAAGAGUAUAAGAAUUUCCGUCCAGAUGACCCUACGCGAAAGACCAAGGCUCUGCUGCAGAUGGUCCAGCAGUUCGGAGUGGACUUUGAGAAGUGCAUCGAAGGCUCCGGAGACCAGGUGGACACAGCAGAGUUGUCUGGAGGUGCCCGGAUUAACCGAAUUUUCCAUGAACGCUUCCCCUUCGAGCUGGUCAAGAUUGUUUUUGAUGAGAAGGAGCUCCGGCGAGAAAUCAGUCAUGCCAUUAAGAACGUCCAUGGUGUCAGAACGGGGUUGUUCACCCCUGACCUAGCCUUUGAGACUAUAGUGAAAAAGCAGAUCCGCAAACUGAAAGAGCCCAGCCUGAAAUGUGUGGACCUGGUGGUGUCCGAAGUCACCACCCUCGUCAGGAAAAGUGCCAACAAGCUAGGCUCUUACCCCAGACUGCGAGAAGAAACCGAGAGGAUCGUCACCACUUACGUCAGAGAGAGAGAAGGAAAGACCAAAGACCAGGUCCUUCUGCUGAUUGACAUUGAGCUGUCGUACAUCAACACCAAUCAUGAGGACUUCAUUGGAUUUGCAAACGCCCAGCAAAGAAAUAUCGUCAACAAGAAGAGGGCCAUUCCCAACCAGCUAGGUGGCCUGAGAGAAGCCGAAGUCGAGAAGGUGAUCCGUAAAGGCUGGCUAACCCUCAACAUCAGCAUCAUGAAGGGCGGCUCCAAGGAGUACUGGUUCGUCCUGUCGGCCGAAUCGGUGUCCUGGUACAAGGACGAGGAGGAAAAAGAGAAGAAAUACAUGCUCCCUCUGGACAACCUGAAGCUCAGAGACAUGGAGAAAGGCUUCAUGUCCAAUAAGCACAUUUUUGCUAUCUUCAACACUGAGCAAAGGAACGUGUAUAAGGACUUGCGUCAGAUCGAGCUGGCCUGUGACACACAAGAGGACAUGGAUAGCUGGAAAGCCUCUUUUCUCAGAGCGGGUGUUUACCCUGAGAAAGAUCAGGUGGAGGCAGAAGAUGCCGCCCCAGCCGACACAUUCUCCAUGGACCCUCAGCUGGAGAGGCAGGUGGAGACCAUCCGAAACCUGGUGGACUCCUACAUUGGUAUCGUCAACAAGACCAUCCGAGACCUCAUGCCCAAGACUAUCAUGCAUCUCAUGAUCAACAGCGCUAAAGACUUCAUCCAUUCAGAGCUGCUGGCGUACCUGUACUCCUCAGGAGAUCAGAACAGUCUGAUGGAGGAGUCUGCUGACCAGGCCCAGCGCAGAGACGAGAUGCUGCGAAUGUACCAUGCCAUCAAAGAGGCGCUCAGCAUCAUCGGAGACAUUAGCACCAGCACCGUGUCCACGCCCGUGCCUCCUCCCGUGAACGACAGCUGGAUGCCGGAGUCCAGCCCCACCCCCCAGCGCAGACCGCCUACAUCGGCCCCGCCCCCCAGCAGGCCUCCAGCAGUGAGAGGUCCAACACCAGGCCCGCCCACUCUAAACCCCAUCCCUGCCUAUGUAGCUCCGCCCAUUCCCUCUCGGCCAGGACAGCCCAUGAAUGCCUUCGGUAACAGCAGCCUGGAUCCUUUCAGUGCCCCUCCUCAGAUCCCGUCCCGCCCCGCCCGUAUCCCUCCGGGCGUCCCCAGCAGAAGACCCCCUGGCGCUCCAAACCGGCCCACCAUUAUCCGCCCCGCCGAGCCCUCCCUGCUAGACUAGACCCGUGCGCCGGGCACCAUAGUGUGCUUGAGCUGGAGAGCUGCACUGAAACGUGCGUGCGCGUCUACACGAACAGCCUGACCAAUAGACCUUAAUAAUCCACUCAAACUGUCCUCUGAUCAGCGCUGCUAAUCACAUCCCUACCUUUAAAUCCCAGAGGUCUAAAUUAAGCACAUAACUAUUAUUAUUGUUGUUAUUUUGUUGAAAUAUAUAGAGUGACUUUAAGGGUGUAGUGGCCUCCAACUUUCAGUCAUUUUAUCACUCACAUAGGUCAGGUGACCACCAGGGGGUAUCCUACUCAACUUUUGUAGACGAACCAACAUUAGAUGACUCAUGCCUCCUCACUGACUAGUGGCUCAAUGUUGGAUAAGAUGCAUACAAGCACUGUGCAAGCUAGUUGCUGUUAAACUAGCCUGUCGUCUUCCUGUUCUUGGCUAACUGAAGGGUGGUUGAAGACCUCCUUCUUGUUGUGGACACUUCUUCAUGUGUUUUUUGAUUUCAUUGUUUUCUUGACUCUUAACUUGAUAUCCUGAAAUAAGACACAAUGACCGUUACCAUUAUACAAUGUGGGAUUAUUUUGACCCGAUUUCAUUCGUCUUUCAUGUUCAAUUGGCCGUUGUUAUGUUUCUGGUGUUGUGCCGAAUUAGGUGACCCUAGUAGGCGCUGUAUUGCGCUAAUCCAACCUUAAUCCUAACCCUACCGUCACUACAGCGCCUACUAGGGGAAUUCGGUGGGUUUCAUGGACGGGGCUUUUUUUCAGGCACAAUUUGUAUGCAAAUUUCUGUAAUGAUCUGUUUAUACAAAUAAUAAUUUGUGUAUGUGAAUAUAAUCCUGGAAAGCACGGUAACCACUUGGCGACGGGCCGACCCGUCAUCGCUCUGUAAGAUAGCGUCUCAGGUAACAUCCGACUCCAAAUCUGGUAGCUUAGCGUUUUGAUCUUUGCAACAGUUUUUUAAACGAAUCUGGGGACGCUUUUAUGUCGCUUGGAAUAAUGAGGGUCAGGGGAGUGGGAUUUAUGAGCGGGAAAAGCAUCAGGAAGGUGGGAGUGCACUCAAACGAGGGGUCUCGGAACAUGGUACAUGUAUGUGUAUUUGGGGUCGUGGGGCGUUUGCUAUAUGGAAUCACUCCGUUCAAACUUGACACACACAGGGAACUUUCUGACACCAAGACGGUGAAACAAAGGCUUUCAUGUAGGCAUCAUAGUAGAUGUACUAACACGCGUGUAUUAUUUAUAACCUGGGCGUUUGUCGUCUUCGUGUUAAUGGCAUUUUUCACAAACUGUGUAGAACGCCAGAUAGUCUUUGCUAUCGAUAGAUUUGUGCCCUGUCGGUUGUGGUAAUUACAGUUAAUUCAGAGUGAAAAGCGGUCCAGCUGGUUUCCUAUUGAUCCGGAUAUGAUUGCAGAAUUGCUUUUAUUGAUGUGCGCACAAGGAAAUGGGCCACAACAAAUUCUGUUUUCUUGAUUAACUUGAGGAUAAGAAUGGGGAUUUGGUGCAAGCGAGUUUGAUUUCAGCACAAAUAUGUCUGUAAAUAACUGAACGCUUUGAGUCGGACUUGAGGUGAAACUUAAAAAUUAGCUGUGGAUUUAAAUACCAAAUGCUCUUGAGUCACUCCUGUGUGUUAUGGCUACAGUGAUGGCAACCAACACUCUUUCUUCACGAUCCAGUCAAUUCAAGGCUUUUUAAAUUGUAUGCAGCUUUAUCUUUUCCAAAUUCAAAUGUCUUCAGCAUCUGUUUUGAACUGGAUGGAGCCCAAAUCACUGCAGCCGUAACUCUCCUGUGGUCUUUAAGGUUAAGGUGACCCAAUCCCCGUCUCUCCCUCUAAUGAUUCUGUCCUUUUGUAUGGAGUGAGGGACCGAGGACAUAUUUAACGACUUUUUUAUGCUUUUGGAAUAACAAAUUGUCAAGUGCCUGUGUAGCAAUUUAAAAUGGAUUUGGAGCAAAAUGCACAAUGAGAAGUGAGAUAAUAAAAGGUGUUGUGUAUAAUAAAGAUCUGGUGCUCUGGUG